AUAAAGGUGGAAAUUGGAUAAAGAACACUAUUAUACCAGAAGACUUGACAGAAUUUGGAAUACUUGACGUGAAGUCUUAUAGAUAUAAAGAACAGCUAAGAACCAUAUUCGAAGGAAAUUAUCAAGAUUUGUUAAGUUCGACACUAUCUCCAAGCAGUUUUCAGAUAGACAACCAAGAAAAUAUAAAUAUCGACAAGAUGAAUUAUAAGCUCAUAAAGAAUUAUUAUUCAUCCUGUGUAGAGGUUGAUACAUAUGGAGAAGAAGGAAUACCGUUCUUUUUAAAAGACCUAAGGCGAUUACAACGAGAAUUAGAAUAUCAGAAGAAAUGGAAAGACUCUUUUAGUAUAUCGACCAAUAUAUUCAACCUUAUAAGCUAUCCCUAUCCUACGACAGACGGACUUGUCAUAGACAUUGGCGGCUUAUUUUCGCUAGAGAUUUUUUCAGACAACAAAGACAGUACAAAAAAAUCUCUUAUACUCACUCCACCCAAAGCCUUUAACGAAGCAGGGAACAUACCACUAAAAGAAUUUGAGUAUCAGAACCUAAUAGAUUUGACAUCCUCGGUCCUCGGCUCACAAAAUUAUACAGAAAGAGAGAGAAACAGACUACGGCUAAUGGAAGAUAAUGGCAUAAAAGCCUUCACAAGUGAACGGAUAUAUGACGCAGUUGACAGCGCAAUUGCUUUACAGACAAAGUUGUUUAAAAUAACAAAUUCCAUGUAAGUUCCUUUUUUUGUGUCUAUUGACAAAAGAGAAUAACUUCUUUCCGUGUACCAGCUCCGACUACGGUCAUUAUUCAUACUCACUCAGCACAGCCGAGGAAUUAUACCCAUUCAUAGACUGGACAAGC